AUGAGUCAUGAUCUUUCCGAAGAGGCACAAGAUACAGAUGUUUUUAAAAUUCUAGGUAAUCUCAUUGAAGAACAGAAAAAGAAGCAUGCUUCACUUGUAUCACAGCAAGAUAUAUUGUCUUCUAACAAACAGGCUUUUAGUUCAUCUAAAAAUGAAGAUUUAGUAAAAAUAGAUUGUUUUUCAUUUUUGGGACUAAAAACUCCUUCUGAUCCAGCGUCUAUAAAGACAUAUCCUAGAGCAUUACGUUAUAUUAUUCAUAGAAUUUAUUGGGAUUCAUCUUUAUUGAAAAAAAUUACAGAAAUGAUUGAAGAACAAACGAGUUAUGAGGAAAAAUGGUGGAAUGAUAGACAAGCAUUGAUUAAAAGCUGGGAAAGCAAAAAAGAAGUAAAUAAAGUGAUUGCAAACGUAAGUGGCAUUGAAAAGGUUUCUGAUGAAAAUAUUGAACAAGAACUCCUUUCAUAUGAUUUAAAAGUGCACAGAGCAAUACAGGAAAUGUCUAAAGCACAAGAAAAAGAAUUUCAAAGGCUCGGUAUACCUUUUUUUAUGGAUGAAAAUGAAACAAAUAUAGAAAACAAAAAAAAAAUGGUUCAGCUGCUUAAAGACUUGGUUUCCGAAUAA